ACAUUUCCCAUGAUGAAGCGGGCGUUACCGGAACUAUCUACGUGUGCAUUUUCGCGACAGUUCAGGAAGCAGCAUCUGCAAACAGCUACAGAAAGCAAGCAGUAGUUGGUGCUUUCUCAUGUGAAGGAUUGCAGCAGAGACAGCACCAUGUUGCCGACCACAUCGCCAAACAGCAAUGGCGCCCUCAGUUCCAGGGACGCUGCACGCCACACGGCGGGUGCGAAACGCUACAAAUACCUGCGGCGGCUGCUUCAUUUCAGACAAAUGGACUUUGAAUUCGCCCUGUGGCAGAUGCUUUACCUGUUCACCUCUCCACAGAGGGUGUACCGAAACUUCCAGUACAGGAAACAGACUAAAGAUCAGUGGGCCAGAGACGACCCCGCUUUUCUGGUCCUGCUCAGCAUUUGGCUAUGCGUGUCAACAAUAGGCUUUGGGCUUGUGUUGGACAUGGGAGUCGUGGAGACGUUGAAGCUGCUGCUCUGGGUCGUGUUUGUUGACUGUAUAGGAGUUGGUCUCCUCAUAUCAACCAUAAUGUGGGUUAUCAGCAACAAGUACCUGCUGAAACAUCCCAGCCGAAACUUUGAUGUGGAGUGGGGCUACGCAUUUGAUGUUCACCUCAAUGCUUUCUAUCCACUUCUAGUCAUCCUGCACUUCCUGCAACUCUUCUUCAUCAACCAUAUUGUGAUGAUAAAUUCAGAUUGGUUCCUGGGAUACUUUGUUGGGAACACUUUGUGGCUGAUUGCCAUUGGUUAUUAUCUCUACAUCACCUUCUUGGGGUACAACGCUCUACCCUUCCUGAAGAACACCGUGGUGCUGCUCUACCCUUUUGCUUUGCUUGGCCUCCUCUACAUCCUCUCCAUAUCGCUGGGCUGGAACUUCACUCAGGCUCUUUGCUCUUUUUACAAGUACAGAGUCAUGUAGGACUGGCUUGCCUUUGAGGUUGGACACUAGCUGGCUGACACACAAAGUAUUUUCAGCUCAUCUCUACUUGAUAGCGAAUCCAUGUCCAGCUGCUGUCAGUCAGCAUCUGGCUGCGAGGGACCUCUGGUGGACUCUCAGUAAAUUGGGACUCUUGGUUAAUUGACGCUGAGCUGUGUGACUGCUGCUCAGCUCUCUCUUGAUUUUCUGUUUGGCUCUGAUGUUGAGCUCCAGCUACAAAGUCAGUAAACGGUGAUGUGUUUGGACUAGUUACAGAAACGAGGGGGGGAGAUGAGACGCAGCUUUUACUGUUGUUCUUUUUGUAUGAUUUGUAAAUAUGACACUGGCAGGUUGUAAUAUAAACACAGAGGAUUGUUUCUGACGAGUUUGCUGUUUCUUUUGAGUUUUAAUAAAAAAAUAAUCAAAUCUUGCUUAUUGAAGAGAAAAAAGGAAAGUAGAGAAACAUGGGAUGCAAACUUUUUUCUUUCUUUCUUUCUUUUUUUUUUCUAAAAGUGUACAUUCCAAAGCACUUUCAAUAAAAGGUUUUAACUUAA